AUGGCACCUGUUAAUUCUGUUCAAGUCUUCGGAAAGAAAAAGACAGCAACUGCUGUUGCUUUUGCCAAGCAAGGCCGUGGCCUGAUCAAGGUCAAUGGACAACCAAUUGAGAACAUCGAGCCUGAGGUUCUUCGCUUGAAGGUCUUCGAGCCCGUGUUGAUCGUCGGACAAGACAAGUUUGCUAAUUUGGAUAUUAGAAUCCGAGUGAAGGGAGGAGGUAUCACCGCACAAAUCUACGCUAUCAGAGCUGCUAUUGCCAAGUCGAUUGUUGCUUACCAUGCAAAGUACGUGGAUGAGAGCUCAAAGAACGACUUGAGAAAGACUUUGAUUGAUUAUGACAGAACUCUUUUGGUUUCCGAUCCUCGCCGUUGUGAACCCAAGAAGUAUGGUGGACGCAGUGCCCGUUCCCGUUUCCAAAAGUCUUAUCGUUAG